GGGCCGGGCCGGGCCGGGCGGAGCGCCGAGGGGGCGGGCCGGGCCGGCCGGGCUGGGCUGGGCUGGGCACUCGCUAGCUCUCGGACUGGGGGCUGCCGCAGCUCUGCGCCGUCUGGCCGGGACGCCGGCCCCGCUGUGCUCAGCUCCCCGGGAGGCGGUUUGUGCCACUGUUGUGAACAAUGGCUCCCUUCUUACGGAUAUCUUUCAACUCAUUUGAGCUGGGACCUGUGCAGAAUGAAGGGGAGCAGCUGCAACCCUUCUGCGCUAUAAAGAUGAAAGAAGCCUUGACAACAGAGAGGGGGAAAACUUUGGUUCAGAGGAAACCCACCAUGUACCCAGAAUGGAAAUCUUCCUUUGAUGCCCACAUCUAUGAAGGGCGUGUCAUUCAAAUUGUUCUCAUGAAGGCAGCAGAAGACCCACUGUCUGAGGUGACCGUAGGGGUAUCAGUCUUGGCAGAGAGAUGCAAGAAGGGCAACGGCAAAGCAGAGUUCUGGCUUGACUUACAACCUCAAGGGAAGGUAUUGAUGGCUGUGCAAUAUCUUCUAGAAGAUGCAGAUUGCAAGCAGUCAAUGAGGGAAGAUGAGGGGAUUGUGACUAUCAAUAGGAGAGGAGCUAUCAAGCAAGCUAAAAUCCACUAUAUCAAAAAUCAUGAGUUUAUUGCCACCUUCUUUGGACAGCCCACAUUUUGCUCUGUCUGUAAAGACUUUGUCUGGGGACUUAACAAGCAAGGAUACAAAUGUCGACAAUGCAAUGCUGCUAUUCAUAAGAAAUGUAUUGAUAAAAUCAUUGGGAGGUGUACUGGUACUGCAGCCAACAGCAGAGACACAGUGUUUCAGAAGGAGCGCUUCAACAUUGAUAUGCCUCAUCGCUUUAAAGUUUACAACUACAUGAGUCCCACCUUUUGCGAUCAUUGCGGCAGUCUUCUCUGGGGAUUAGUUAAACAAGGAUUAAAGUGUGAAGACUGUGGGAUGAAUGUGCACCACAAAUGUCAAAAGAAAGUGGCAAAUCUAUGUGGAAUCAACCAGAAACUAUUAGCAGAAGCUUUAAAUCAAGUUAGCCAGAAAUCGACCAGAAAAUCUGAUUCUGGGUCACUAGAAAAUGUUGGUAUUUACCAGGAUUUUGAUAAGAAAUCUAAAGCUUUGGGUGGAGAUACAACAGCAGAUAACAGCGAGUAUGAUAAGCUCUGGGAGGGAAGUACACCAAGACCAGCUUCACGAACCAGGAGAAAAUUCACCAUAGACAGCUUUAUCUUUCACAAAGUACUAGGGAAAGGAAGCUUUGGAAAGGUUCUGCUUGCUGAAUUGAAAGGGAAGAAUGAAUUCUUUGCUAUUAAAGCUCUGAAAAAGGAUGUGGUGCUAAUCGAUGAUGAUGUGGAAUGUACCAUGGUGGAAAAGCGGGUCCUAGCACUUGCAUGGGAAAACCCAUUUCUUACUCACCUCUACUGCACAUUUCAGACUAAGGAUCAUCUGUUUUUUGUUAUGGAGUUCUUGAACGGAGGGGACCUGAUGUUCCACAUACAGGACAAGGGGCGCUUUGAUCUCUUCAGAGCAAUGUUUUAUGGAGCUGAAAUAGUAUGCGGUUUACAAUUUCUUCACAGCAAAGGCAUUAUUUAUAGAGACCUCAAACUGGACAAUGUGAUGCUUGAUAAAGAAGGCCACAUCAAAAUAGCUGACUUUGGGAUGUGCAAAGAGAACAUGGUUGGAGAGAACAGAGCAAGUACUUUCUGUGGUACCCCAGACUACAUAGCACCUGAGAUUCUUCAGGGCUUGAAGUACACAUUUUCUGUGGAUUGGUGGUCAUUUGGAGUCUUGCUGUAUGAGAUGCUUAUUGGACAAUCUCCUUUCCAUGGAGAUGAUGAGGAUGAGUUAUUCGAGUCAAUCCGAGUGGACACACCUCACUACCCACGGUGGAUUACCAAGGAAUCAAAGAGCCUACUAGAGAAGCUCUUUGAAAGGGAUCCAACAAAGAGGCUAGGAAUUACUGGGAACAUCAAGGAGCAUUCUUUCUUCAAAACAAUCAACUGGAUGGCACUAGAGAAGAGGGAGAUAGAGCCUCCUUUUAAACCAAAAGUGAAAUCAGCAAGUGACUACAACAACUUUGACCGAGAGUUUCUGAGUGAGAAGGCACGGUUAUCUUACAGUGACAAAAACUUGAUCGAAUCUAUGGAUCAGUCUGCAUUUGCUGGAUUCUCUUUUAUUAACCCUAAAUUUGAACAGAUCCUGGCUACAUAGUCUCUGAACAUUUGGGGUUAAACACUGUAAACAGAGGCUUCCAAACGCUAAGUGACAUGUUGUGUCUAUACCUUUCCUUGAAAAUAAUAUACGGUGGCAUGAAAAAUGCCUUACUGCUGAUUAACUGGCAGUGAUUUUUUGCAUGGUCAUCAGGGUUAAGAAAUGAAGAAUCGUGUGCAUUAAUUGGCAAAAUGUAAAUUGUGUUUUGGUUACUUAAAUGUGUAUAUGUGUAUAUAUAUGCUGUAUAUUUUGCUCUAGAAACAAGACAUUAGAAAAGAUUGUCUUUUUUAAAUAUGGCUGAGGCCUUUUUAUUCAUCUUCAGUAAAAUUUGAAGUUAUAUUAAACUUUGAUUUUAGCAAUUACACUUUUUUUUUCCAAAAUGGCACUAAUUUACUCUAUCUAUUGUAAAAGGUAAACUGAGAUUAUAGAAACAUUCCUGAUUUAAAAAGCAAAGAUUUUUUUUAAGGAUACUCUAUCCAACACUAGUUUCUCUUAGUGUCAGGUGUUGGCUCAUUACGAACUAAUACUCAAACUAUUGUAAGACACCAGCCAAUAUUUUAAGAACUCAUGUAACUGUGGGACCUCCAGAGUGUUCGUCUGUGGCUAUUCUCUAAGUUUAGCCUCAGUGUGUGUCUAGUUUUUGAAAACACAAGAAUGAUUAAAUACUGUUGAAUAUAACUAAUUUAUCUCCUUUCUAUCCUGCAUCAUUACAAUAGUUACAAAAUUAACUGCUACAACCUUCCACCUGCAGUGUAACUCAAAAGGAUGGGUUACAUUAGGAAAUUAGUUCGCAUUCAUUAUGUGACAUCUUUUUUCCAUGUGCUAGGCUUCAUUGAUUACUCUAAAUAUUUAUCCUUGGCAAACAUGUGCAUCAGAUGUUCUGGCCCAAGUAUCUGGCAACAACCCACUUCCUAGAAGUAAAUUUUUAGAGACUGAAAUAACAAUGGAAACUUGUACAAGUAUAACGUAUUAUUGCUCAUGUCUAUUAAUAAAUGCACUUUAAGAUCACUGCCUUUUACAAAAAAGCCCUGGUUCAGCUAUUAUAUGGAAUAUUGGGUCCACUUACCUGGCCUUUCAGAGAUGGAACAUUUCCACUGAACUGCCAGCUGGUGAUUUAUAUGGAAUAGCACUAUAUCCUUCAAACAGAACAUCUGUGGCUCCAUGUGUUUCAGUACAACUGAUGUUAAAGCAAAGCCAUGCUUCCAUUUAGUAGGUUAUAACCACAUGUGAGCUUUCCACAGUUCAACAACGUCGGUACAUGAUGGGGGGGGGGGGGGGGGGAAGAGUAUUCACCUGGGUUAAACCACUUACAUUACUACAAAACUAGUUCACACAAGUCUACUUCCAAGUAAACAGAAAGUUGAAUCAUAACCAACAUUAACUUUAGAGCAAGAUAUACACCACUUGCUCUACUACAUAGCAUGCUACAGGCCCAGUUAUUUUAUGGACCUUAAACUAGUGGAUAGAUCAAAUACUGAAGUGCUGCUGUCUAAGUGUAUUGCAUAAAAGAGGGCCCUGAUUUGCUAAUCGCAAUUAGCACUACCCAGAAAGAAUAAAAACAGUUAGCUACCAGAUUGUCACAGAAGACACCAUAUGCGUAUGUGUGAGACACAACCAUUAAGUGUAGGUACUUCAGCAUAUUUAUUAGCCUAAUGUCCAUUAAGUUUAGAAAAUCCUCUUCUGCACAGAAGCAAAAUAAAUGUUAAUUUCAUAAUCAAAACUGCUCAUUAAUUCAACAAUCAAAUGUACCUCAGUGUACAUAAAUGGCUACAAGCCCCUAUGUUGAGAUCAAAAGGAACUCCUUUGGAUUUCUUUAUCCAAGAUGCACCAAAAAAUUGAGGGGGGUCCUCUAAGAAUUUAGAACUAUUGUUAUUGAACAUGAGAAUAUCUUAUUGAAAACUUUCCUGAGGUACAGUGAUAAGCUACAGAACUAUGCUAAGAAAAGUCCUGUUAAUUUCAGAAGAACUUUCUAGUGAGUGCAGUGCUUAAACAUGGAACAUUUAGCAGAAGGUGAGUAUGGUUCAUUUAACUACAAUAAAACCUUUCUGCACUGGAUUUGCCAGAGAUAGCAAGAUUUUAUUUUGCAAAUCAGUGAGUAAGCAGACAAUCACAAAAUAUAGUUUUGUUAAUUAUAAUACUUCACAGUAUGCUACAGUAUUGUACGGAACAUAUAGUGAAAGAAUAGCAAAACCUGGAGUACAUCUACACUUGGAGCUGGAAGUGUAAAUUCCAGCUCAAGGUGACAUACCUGAACUAGUGCUGAUCAAGGAAGCAUGCUUAAAAAAAAAAAUUUAAAAAGUGUAGCCACAGCAGCAGGAGGGGCUAGCAGCUCAAACACAUAUGUACUUGGUGCUGCUAAACCCUCUUGCCACUACUAUGCUAUUUUUGAGCCCUAACUCAGGUAUGUUUCCUGAAGCUGGAAUUUACAGCUCCAGCUCAAAGUGCAAACAUCCCUUAAGUCUCAGGCAGAUUAAACCUCCGUAACACUGUACUACUGAAACAGGAAGACUGCUUGGGCCUUCUAAAUGAGGCUCCACUGUGGACUCAAUCAUGUAAUACAUUCUUGGUUUUGUUUUUAUAAAAGCAGUGCUACUUUAUAAAGCUGGGACCUGUAGCUGGAGCUUCAGUGUUCUCAUAAUAAAUUCAGGUUAAUAUAGGCAGACCCAGAUUGGCCUUUUAUUUCAUAUAGAAGGGUUUGCCUACACACUGGGGAUUUGCACUAAUAUCAGCUGUGUAAGUGCAAACCCUCAGUGUAGGAAGAACAAAAAUAAAUGUAAAGUGCAAUUUGGGGUUUCAAGCAGAGGUGACAGAACCAUGGCUGCCAACCGAUGGUUGAAAAGGGGAUAAAUCACCAGAACAGAGAAGGCUUAGGUAUGUUUUACCUGGCUACACUCUUGUUCUUUAUAUUUGAGAUUGGUGUGCCUAUGGAUGCUUCAGAAUGGUAGAGAUGCACGCUAACAAAUACAGUUUCAAAUCAGGCUCUCAACACAAUGCGACAUCCUUUGGGGCUAGGCCUUCAAGAAGGGAAAAUGUAUAUCUGCUUUAACCAAGGAAAGAAGUAAUUUUAAAAUUUGUCAAAAGAAAAUAGAAUUCUAACUGGUUAGAUUUACCCAUGCUCCUCUUUCAAAAUGACCCUGCUCUACAAAGCUCUCUUCUUGCACAUCACUCUAGUUGGUAGGAGUUGCUGGGAGUGCCUGCCUCAGCCAGUUGGUGUCCACACAUGCACAUCAAUGUAUCAGGAGGCUUAACGGACCAGUUCAUGCAAGGGGAGCUAACAUACCCUCCAACAAGUAACCAGACACUCAUUGCAAUCUUUAUCUGCAUCAGCACAAUAAAUAUUUCAGAUUUAAGUCAUUAUAGAUAUCUGAUGUAUUAAGUGACAGUCUUAUUCUCCACUGGAAAUGACUAAAGUAACCUGUAAUCACUGUGCAUGAGGGCCACCUUGUGGAAGAUAGAAAAUAAUUGCAAUCUAUUAUCUGAUUCCCAAACUGGUCUGGAGAGAUGACUGGGCACAAGGGCUGGUGUUCUUAGUUCCAGCUGCUGCUAAAAGGGUCAAUACAAUUCACUGCAAAGAGGAGUCUCAAGGCCUUUUUAAAAAAGGCACCUGGAACUGAGUUCCCUCUAAUAAAGAAUGCUACUGCAUUUGAGGAGAAGGGUAUAGCAAUAGCUGUGGUAGAUAAUACACCACCAAGAGGGACUAAAGCUAAUAGCGAUCAGUACUUUCCAAAGAGGAGGUGUGAAUGAGCGAGGUGGUCACAACACAGUAAUCUGUGCUUCUCGAUAUGAACAAGUUUGAGAACCCCUAGUUUAGACAAAUGACUACUGUUAAGUUCUGCCUUCUCAUAUACUGCAACAGAAAUAGAAAAAGCAUUACCGAUACUAUUGCAUCUCAAUACAUGCAUAAUGGACUAUUUAAAUCCAAAUGCUACAGCAGAUUAAUUUGCAGCUACGGGUACUGAAGACUAUCAGGUAGAUUGGAAUUAAUCUUUUUUAAAAAGAAACCAAAGUUGUCCUGUUUUAGAAUGUCACAAAUCCUAAACAUUUAGAAUGACAAAACGUAACAGUUAAUUUUCAUUGAAAUUCACAAAGCCUCAAUUUACAAUCAUAAUUUCACAUUAAUUUUGACUUGCUCUUCAAUUUUAAAUCUGAACUAUUGCUAUUGCAGAAGAUUUUUGCCAAUCUGAGCAGUUCUCAGCUUGUCUCACAUAUUGUAGGUAGUACAAUCAGUACCUCUCACCUCUUUUUGCAGCAGAUGAUAAUGAAAUGAAUUUAACCUUUACUCUCACACCUCUCUCCACCUGAGAUACUUUUCACAAAAAUGUAUUUCACAGUCUUCCACAGUGGAUAAAUUGAUAAACUGUUUUGUCCUGAGGAGAUAUUUACCCAACUCUAAAUGUUACUGUAGCAUAGCUGGUUUAAGGGGACAAGGAAAGAAACACAAAUAUCUUGAGUUUUAAUGUUUGAUCUUUAUUAUUUGGCUCAAAGAUCACAUGAGAUUCAUUUUGCCUAGAAGAUUAAGUUGAAGGCCAGUCAUAUCAGAAGGGUUAGUUUAAUUCCAUCCAAUCACUGCAACAUAAAACAAACAUACUAGGCCAUGCUUAGAAAUUAACCCCUCUGGAUGAUGACUCACUUUUCCAAACCAGAUGAGAAUAUGUAUAUUGCUUUUUGAUGGUAAGGAGUAAUUCUUGCAACAUAUUUCCAGAACUCUCAAUUUUUACAGGAGAGAUAGGGGUGAUCAUUUACUUAUUUUUUACAUUCUAUUAUUUUUGUCUUUUACUAACCAAGAUGCAGUUAGUGACAUUAUUUGUAAAUUAAAAUAGAAUUGAUAGCUUCAGAUUCUCCUUUUUAUUUUCAAGUACUGACAUACAAUUUAUUCACACUUGUGUACAAUGAUUUUUUUACUAUACAGUACAUCCAUCCUGCAAAUGAGCAACCACUCUGAUCACAGUAUAUUUAAAAGCAGUCUAUAAAAAUAUCUACUAUACAUAAAACAUUUAGCCAUAUAGAAUUUUACAGCACCUUUGAAAAUUCUGAGAUUAAAAACUCAUAUAGGGAAACAUUUCCCUUUUAUAACCAUGCUUCCUUUGCUAGAACCAAGCUCAAAACUACAGUAGUCCAAACUCGGUCUUGGUAAACCUUUGCUUUUCAAAGCACAUGAAGAAAAUAAUAUUUGGGAAUUUGCCUUGGGUAACUAUGGAUAAAAGCUAGGCUUCCUCAAUUUACUAUCAUUAAACAUAAAUAAUCCCUACUGUAGAUCGUGUGUCCCAGAUCCAAAGGAAACGGCACAUUAGAGGAUACGGCUGUUCUUCUGAACUAUGAACAAAUAAGUUAUCAGAAGGGAACCCACUAUAUAGCAUCUCUUCCCUCUCCAAUAUAAGCAUCUUUAAGGUUUGUUUUGCUGUGCAUCAAUAAAUGUCUUAGCAGCGCUUUGUGCUCUAACCUUAGACAAUAACAAUUAAUGUAUCUAAAUAAAUAUAUUAUUUACUUUUAAAUGCAUAUUACUGGUUGCAUGGAUUACAGACAAAAAGCUUUUGAUAGUAAGGUUCCAAGCAAGUGUUUUUGAUAUCCUAUGCAUUUGUUUUCCGAAAUGAAAUCUAGCUAUAUGGCUUACUUCCAGUACAUUGACUGUAUUGCUAAGACUAGCUUAAUAAAACAAAUCACAACAGCAGCACAUAUUAGAGUCCCCUCCCUGCAUAAAACAAAAAACAAUUUAGCCCCUGCCUGCAAGCUACUUUGACAGAACCCAAUUCUCUACACUGAAAUUCAACUAAACAUAUUAACGGAUAAAUGCAAGAGUUGAAUUAACCACCAAAUAAUACAGACAUCAAAAAAAUACUCCAGUAACUAACGGGCAGAUUUCUUCAUUUUAUUAACAAUUAGGUAUUGCUAACUAAAUCCUAUCAUCCAGCAACACAUGUAUACUAUAUAUAUAUAUAUAUUGGCUUGGAACAAUGAAGGUAGUGAGUGGCCUUGACAUGCAUAGAAAAUUCUACCACUUUUUAGCAUUGGACGUAAAUGCACUUGCAAUUUCACAGAAAGUUAAAGAUUUUAAAAACAAAAUACAGAGAUGACAUUUAAAAAAAAAAAUCAAUUUCCAAAUUCACUCAAGGGUUUUUGUACUCAUACAAUUCUCCGGAGGCUAAAAUCCUAUUUUAACAUUCUCCUCCUCUAUUUACUUAAUGCUCCCACAGAGAAAACCUUAGACUUUUAGGGUGAAAAUCACUCUAUUAGAGCCCAUUUAGGGUUUACAUUGAAGUUUUACUGCAUUAAAGUGAUGCAUUGGGUCUUUUGAGGGCCCGCUGAAUGGGAGUAUAUUUCACCCUGAACGUGGAAGAUGUGUCCUCUCCUGGAAAGGCUGCUUAACCUGGAUAGUAUAGAUAUUCUGAAAGAUAUCUGUCAUCUUACCCUUUAUAAUCUCUUUCUAGGGUAAUCAGACUAUUAACAAGCCAGCUAUCUGUACUUAAAACCAUCCUUCCAUAAUGAUCAAUGUAUAAUAGUGUACCCUCACCAUGGUACAAAAUGCCAUUUUGCAAGGAGAAGAUAAAGGAACUUACUGUGAUAGCAAAGCCUCUCUCGCUGUCAAUAUAAUUUAAUAUAUAUAAUCAAAUAUUCUUCUUGGCAAAGGGGAAAGCAUCUCCAUUUCAAAAGACAUACAAACACGGUGCUUUGCAACACUUGAACUAUGCUCAAACAUCGAUGGGGACGAAAAAAAGAAUACUUGAGAAACUUUUUCAGAGCAAGCCUCCAAUAUGAAGUGGUUUUGUAUCAAAUGGAGCCUCCAAUGCAUUAAAUGCAGAAUUUCACAUUAAAAAAAAUUAUAUAUAUAUAUAUACACACACAC